ACAUGAUAUAUGCUUAAGCUAUAACUUGAACUGAAUAGCAAUUGAGUCUUUGUUAAAUAUUAGGCUUAAUAAAACAUCCUCGUUGCCAUCUGGAUUUUGUUGGCCGUGGUAUGGACGACGGCGAGAGGGGGUCAUACCUACUGAUGUCCCUCGUGCUGGGGAUACUGGUGGUGCCUAUCAUUGUGUAUGGACAGAGAGAAGAAUCUGAUGUCCAUGCUGUUAAUGUCGUCAAUGGAAUUAACGUAACUCUAAAAGUCCUUGCAGCAGCAGCUAUAAUGUUUGUUAUCGUAUCCAUCCACAAGAACAAAACCGAAUGGGUCAGUAAGAAGUCUUCUUCCUUAAUCAUCAAAACCAAACUGGGAUUUCUGUGGGUGUUUGGAUUUGCCAAAAUCGUCUUCAAUUUAAUUCAUGAGACGUUCUAUCUCAAGUGCAGAAAUUUAUUUCCAAGGAAAUUGACGACUAUCUUAGCCAUAGAAUGUUUUAUAAACAUACCAUUUGUGAUUUUACAAUUGAUCUUCUUCUUAUAUGUGGGUCGCUACACAUUCACCAACAAGCCCAGAAUUAAAUAUGUCGUCUCUGUAAUUGUAAUGACGAACUUUAUGGAGUUUUUGAUUUUGAUGACUCUUAGUGUCAACGGAAACAAAGAUCUUAUCCUUGAUGGAAACAGCACAGCUAUUGUCAACUGCAUCGGAUACAGUCACAAUGUACUUAACAAAAUGGUAACUGUUCAUAAGGCAUUUAAAACCCCUAUUGCGCUGCAAUUUACUGCGUUGGCAAUAACCCAUGCCUUCAGCAUGAAACCAGACACAGAAACACUCUUCAGUACAUUGACUUCACCUUUCAUCCAAUGUUCCUGGAGAACCCCCAGGCGAUUGGCAGAGAUUGUUAUAGUAGUGGCAUUAAUGAAUAUUCCCCCUCUGGUCUAUUUCCCAUUUAAGUUUGUCAAUCCUGGAAGCAAAACACAAUCCCGUAUUUGGAUAUACACACUUUUGGCUGAAAAAACAACAGUGUUGAUUUGUAUAUUAGCAAUUAAUUAUUUAAUAUUCAAGAAACUGAAAUUAUGCGUAAAAUAUGUUAAGUUAAAUGUCGACGAAGUUGCGCUUCUUGUUAGUACUGUGGCGUUGGUGGCGUAUAUUACAAUAGAAACUUUUGAUAGGUCAGAAGAGGAUGGUCUGCUAACAGCACUUCAUGUUAUCAACCUGAUAUCCAUUCUGUAUCAGAUCAUCAUCAUUUUGUUUGGCAGAAGAAUGGACCUGGUUGGUAAUGAAAUAUCCACUAUUCACCUGUUACAACAAUUUGUCUUGAUUUUGGCUUGUAACAACAUGGCUGAAUGGUUUAAUUGUUUUCUCUAUGGUUUGUGGAACAUGGAGCGCGUAUUAAGACGCAAUGUAUUUAAAUACAUAGCAUUUAUGUUGUAUCCCUUAUUAGCUUACUGUAGACUUCAGUCAGCAAUUGAACUCAUGGAACUGUAUGGUCAUGUAUCGUAAGGAAAAUGUACGUUUGAAAAUAAAUGGUACUUGUUCUCAAGAAACAGUCA